CAAUCUCCGAACACGAUUCCAUCUCUAGCUUCCCAACACACAAACCAGUGAUAGAGAGAGAGAGACAGAGUGAACAACGCGAAAAGCAUUUGCAGAGAGAUAAAAGCAAAAUUUUCCAGACAGAGAAAGCAAUUCAGCAUUUCAGCCAAAACGCCAACGGAGUUUGAUAGAUGACUUUUGUCCAAGUCUGUACGGUCGCCGGUGGCACUGCCGGCGAUGGUGGAGAAAAUGAGGGGAAGGUCGUGGUGGUCGGGGUGAAGUUGGACUCGGCGAGCAGGGAGCUGCUCACGUGGUCCCUGGUCAAGGUUGCACAGCCUGGUGACCGUGUCACUGCUGUUCACGUUCUCGAUUCUAUCGCCGAGGGUCCAUCGUCGCUGCUCUCUCUGGUGAAGACAUUCGAUUCAGUGUUGUCUGUAUAUGAAGGUUUCUGCAACUUAAAGCAGGUAGAUUUGCAGCUAAAGGUCUGUAGAGGAUCAAAAGUAAGGAAAAUACUAGUAAAAGAAGCCAAAGCAUCUGGUGCGGCUAAAUUAGUUGUCGGAAUUUCUAAGACUCCUCAUACAAUCCGGUCAUCAAUAUCUGUUGCCAAGUAUUGCGCCAGAAAAUUGUCUCCAAAUGUCUCUGUUUUUGCUGUUGGUAGUGGCAAAGUUGUUUUCCAGAGAGAUGCAGUGAAAUUGAGUCAGGAGAACUGGAUUUGCUCGCCAAGAUCUGAUUCAGAUAGCGGAAGCAAAUUUCGGGAAAAGAUCUGCAAAAGUUCUGCGGUGACCCCGGUGUUGGAAAAGAAUUCUGGAAUUCAAUUCUGUGAGAAUUCACAAAAUGGUAGUGGUCAGGAUAAUUCAUUGAGUAUAGUACCAUUUCAAACAGGUGAGUUGGUUUUAAGCUCAAACACACCUGAGUUGAAGCAAGGUUGCCAGUUGCUUCGGCGCGUAUUUAUAUCAAGGCAGCGACAGGCGGAGAAAUCUUCCGCAAAGAAGACGUCUGUGUUACGAUGGCUAUUGGCACUACCAAGUAGAUAUGCUUCUACUUAUGUUCACCCGGAUCAGAAACAGAAUAAUUCUGAUGCGGGGGACGAUCAUACUUCUAGUUUGGAUGAGGAGAAUGGUGCAAUUGUGCCUGUAGGUUCUGACGUUUUGUGGUCUCCUGUAUCCCCGUCCCACGACUUAAAUGAUAUUCCUGAAGAAUUGCUGGGUCUACAUGAGAAAUACUCAUCCACAUGUAGAUUGUUCAGCUACAAGGAGCUUUCAAUGGCAACCUCUGACUUCAAGCCUGAGAACUUGGUUGGUAAAGGCGGCAGUGGUUAUGUCUACAGAGGGUAUCUCCCAGAUGGCAAGGAACUGGCGGUAAAAAUCUUGAAGCCAUAUGAGGAUGUAUUGAAGGAAUUUGUCUCUGAAAUUGAGAUCAUCACACAAUUACACCACAAGAAUUUAAUAUCCCUGUUUGGAUAUUGUUUUGAGAACAACAAUCUAGCCUUGGUUUAUGAUUUUCUAUCAAGAGGAAGCCUAGAGGAAAAUCUUCAUGGCAAUGCAGAGGAUGUGAAAGCAUUUUCCUGGAGAGAGAGAUAUGAAGUGGCAGUGGGUGUAGCUGAGGCACUGGAAUAUUUACAUAAUUGCUCUGCCCAACCUGUGAUCCAUAGGGAUGUGAAAUCAUCUAACAUUCUUCUGUCUGAAGAUUUCGAGCCUCAGCUUUCAGAUUUUGGGCUUGCUAGUUGGGUCUCAACUUCGUCAUCCCUCAUAACUUGCACAGAUGUCGCAGGAACUUUUGGUUACCUGGCACCAGAGUAUUUCAUGCAUGGAAAAGUGAGUGACAAAAUGGAUGUUUAUGCGUUCGGUGUUGUACUUUUGGAGCUUCUUUCUGGUAGAAAGCCAAUAUGUGGUGAGCAACCUAAGGGGCAGGAGAGCCUUGUUAUGUGGGCAAGACCUAUUCUAAAAGAUGGCAAAAUUACCCGACUGCUAGAUCCACGUUUAAGCGACAGCUAUGAUUUUGGCCAGAUCGAGAGAAUGGUGUUAGCUGCUUCCCUUUGCAUCAGGCGCUCACCCAAAUCCCGUCCUCAAAUUAGGAUUGUUUUGAAACUCCUCCAAGGUGAUGAGCAGGUGACAAAUUGGGCAAAGCAACAACUAAGGACAGCUGAAGUUGAUGAGAUGGAUGGAGAAGCAGUUCCUACAAACAUCCAGUCCCAUCUGAAUCUUGCGUUGCUAGACUUAGAGGAUGACUCACUUUCUAUUAGCAGCAACGAGCAAAGUGUUUCAUUAGAGGAUUACCUGCAAGGGAGAUGGAGCCGAACAUCAAGUUUUCCUUGACCAUUUCCCCCUGUAAAUGACAUUAGUUGCUGCUCUUUAUUUGAGCAUUUUUUUCCCCUUCUGUACAUAUAUCUUUGCAUUGGUAUGUCAAUGUUUUUUGGGUUUAAUCACUUUAGAGCUUAGACUGGGUCCUGGAAGAGAGGCCUUCUAAAAGGUUUGCCCCUUCUGGACUUGGAAUCGAGUCACAGUCCACUUCUGUGGACUUCUCAGGGUUCUGAAUUUUCUGAGUUUCCUUGUAAAGAAGUUGCGAAGUGGAUAUGUAGCAGUGACACCACUAAGUUUAUUAAUCAAGUUGAGUAUAAAUACUCAAUUUCUAUACA